UAGUACUUGCUGGUGCAACUGAUUUGAAGUAAGAGCGUGUAUUCAAUUUUACAUCGAAAAAGCAUGUCAAUUAAAAAUUAACUGAAGCUGGAACGCUGUAUUUGUUCUCAGGAUUUAAACGCUCGGUGAUUUUCAACCGACAAUUGAUUCGCUGGGUAAAGCUUGAGCAUGGAGCAGCUGCAGACGGCAUUGACCGCUAUCAAGGUGCUCCGUUCCAAUGUCGGACAAGUGUUUGAUUCCCUUGGAAAUGGUUUACGGGCAGAACAUGGAGAGGAGAAUAAAGAAUCCAAGUAUUUAUUUGAGUUACAAGAACUGUUGACUACUGUGAAUGUUAACUUGAGGGACGUAGAACAGGCGAUAAGUAGUUUAAAUCCUCCACCAGGUCCAUUUAAUUUAGCCAGCACAACUUACCUUAGUCAGGAGACCACGCAAGAAAGACAGGCGUUGUAUAGCACACUCGUUAACAGUUACAAAUGGACAGAUAAGAUUCACGAAUAUAGUAACGUUGCCCAGUCCUUGCUCAGCCAAAACUCGCUAAAGAGAUCUUACACAAGUUCAAGUAGAACGAAAAGGGGAAGAUACCAAACCAGCAAUCAUAAUGUACCUCAGGCGCAAGUUGACUCUAUGAUAUCAACGUUUGAUCGACUAUUCAACGACAUGACGGUAUCCGUAUCUCGUCCGUUUGCAUCGAAUGCAGUGUUACAUGUUACACUGGGACACGUCCUGAAAGCAGUGAUAGCGUUUAAGGGGUUGAUGAUCGAGCGGGUGGUAGUCAAGGGUUAUGGUGAAACGAUGGACCUGUGGACGGAGUCUAGACAUAAAGUCUUCCGUAAAGUAACGGAAAACGCGCAUGCCGCAAUGUUGCACUUCUAUUCGCCUACGUUACCCGAGUUAGCAGUGCGAUCAUUUAUGACAUGGUUUCAUAGUUUAAUCAAUUUGUUCAGCGAACCGUGCAAACGCUGCGGCUUGUAUUUGCACAGUGCGCUUCCACCGACUUGGAGAGACUUCCGAACUUUAGAACCUUAUCAUCAGGAGUGCAAACCAUAAGAUACAAGUUUCUCGAAACUUGUGUUUUAGAUAAGUAAUCAAUCUCUACAGGUAUUUUAUCGACGGUAUUUUAUGUACAGUAAUAAAGCGUAAUGACAUUUGAUACUUAUAUUUUUCCUAAAUGCAUUAGUUGGAAUAUUAUAUUGUGUAUAUAUUAAAAUGAUAAAAUUGUGAAUAAAAUAUUUUUCUCUAUUUCAACACAUCGCAUGCUAAUUAAUCUCGCGAUACUAUAAUAAUACGCGCAUUCCUCUCUUUUUUUCAUGUUUUUUGUUAGGGGAUGGUGACGAGGCAAGUAAAACAUUUUCACAGAGAAUGUAAGGGCUUUUAUAAAAAGAAUUCAAUUACAUAACACUUAAUAAAUGCAAAUCGCACAAAACAUCGCGCGUUCUAUGAGAGAAAAAUUAUAAAAUAUCAGAAGGUACAUUAAUUCGAAACAACAUACGUCGUAUCACGCGGCACUGCCGAUCGCGCUCAAGAUAGAAAGCUGAUUAAAUGUACGACUAGAUUUCUCGUUAGACCUGUUAAUAGUGACGUUUUGAAUUUUAGCGAACUUAUAAUAUUACACAGUAAAAAUAGACGCCCCCUUUUUUUCCCAUUGUAGAAGCGAGAUGACGAAAGGAAAGUAUAAUCGAACUUGAUUAUCGUUCAGCGGAGAGAAUUGAUGUUUAGUGCUAACUUUUAAUAUCGUAAUAUACAAAUGAGCGGGCGCGUAAACGUUUUUUUUUUCCUUGGAGUAGCUCUGCGAUCAAUGUGUAUUUUUUUUUUAUUCCUUGUUACCUAUAUCCUACGUAUGUAUACACUCUUAGUGUCGUUAUAUGCUAUUUAGUUUUACAUAAUGCUAAUUAGUAUCAUAUGUAAAUAUAAUUACGUUGUAUUAUAAUAUAACUUUUCACAUAACUGUACACAUUCACAUCUUGGAAUAUUGGCGCUCUCCUAAGGGGCGCAAGUCGUUUGAGUGGCAGUGAACUUAUUUUACAAAUCGUUAUUGUAAUCACUUAUUUUGUUGGACUGUUCGAAAUUUCUCGUUUUACCUUACUUUUUUUUCUCUCUUUUGUUUCGUUUUGUUGAAGGCUAAUGUUGUAAUGCUCUCUUUUGUUUCUUUUUGUUGAAGGCUAAUGUUUUAAUGUUCAAUGAGUUUUAAUAAUGUAUCAUUGACUCGAAACCAUUGAUACGAUCAUUGCUUAUCUUCUUAUCAAAGUUGUGAUGGUGCGAAAUACAUUAUUAUAGGUCUUCGCGUUUAAAAAGUAGUCGUCUUUAUAGUAUAUGCAUAUAUGUAUAUAUGUAUACGUUAUUACAAUCUUUUUAGAAACGAAUUAUUUGUUUAUAGUAUUAUACGUGGGUCAAUUACAGACAAGUGAAUUCAUUCAAUUCUUUUCGCUGGUAAGAAGGGCUAAGAAGGGCCUUUCCGCUGACGUUCUCUCGAGACGAAAGUAAUGCUAUGUACGGAAAGCGCCUUUCUUAACUCGCACAUCUCGCGUUGAGUUUUAUAUAUAUAUAUGUAUAUACGGCAUACUGCAUUUUCGAGGGUAAAAAUUGCCGCGCGUGUAAAUGAUAUAUUGUUUUUGGUGCCAAUGUGAUCUGUCUUUCGUGAACACAUAUCGCAGCAUGCCUUUUCUCGGUGAGGUGGUGAUCGAAAGAAGAGGUUGUCGCAAAACACAAAUGGGUCGAAUAGUUUUACGGCUAUACGAGAAUACCGAAUGCGCUCUCGAAAUUUUGUUAAUCAUUUAGCAGCUAUAACGCAAAGAUUCGCGUCGGGUUCGAGGAUCUUCGAGACUCGAUUCGACCGGUUCGAAUUAAUUGUCUCCUGGAUACGCGCGUGUUUGAUACUCAAACAGAAUAACACGUCACAAUAAUGUUAAAAUGACGUUAAAUCGUAAGUGAUUGAAAAGUGACUUUUAAUAAUUAUUUUGGAGACAUUUUUACGUUAUUUUGAUGUCAUGAUGACUUGUUCUGCUUGAGUAUCAGCUUGCUGAUGAUUUCGAAAUGGAGAUAAUAAUAAAUUCGCGGUCCACGACAUAAUUAUCAUCCAUCGCAGAGAUGAGAGAGGGAGAGAGAGAGUUUAUAUUCGUCUGUGUGUAUCUCGGUGAAGUUUCCAAUUAUAUUAAUUAGAUUGAGUGUUUACGCCGUGCUACUAUCGCCUAGUAGCUAUAAAUAGUUUCUAUAUAUAUAUAUAUAUAUAUGUAUAUAUACGCCUCUAUCCUAGCUUUAUCAAUAAUUAAUAUAGUAUUCUGAAUUCUCUGAUAAUACUCGUAAUGCAAGAAAUCUACUUUAUCAUAUCUUUUUUUUCCAGUUCAAUAUAGCUUUAUUGCCUUUCUCACUGAUUCUGUAUGUUUUGGACAGCUUAUAAUUAAAAAACUUCUUCGGUUUGCUCGUUCGAAUGAUAUCAUAUAAUGACGUUUUGCACGCGGAUUCCGUCUAGAUCUUGUUUUUCCCAUUCGAUUAGUAUCUCUAUCCUAAAUAUUAUAUUGCGUUUACGUCGCGACAUUCGAAACCGCAAGUUGAACUGCUUUGAAAGGAAUCACCGGAGAUUUAUUCCGUAGAAUUGAAAUUCUGAUCAUCGAAAUGAAAAAAUCAAGCCUCUUUGGCUUCUUUAUUCCUUUUAACAUUCAUGUUAUUUUUACACUUGCGAUUAGAUAAUAAUCUUUUCUUUCGUGAAAUAAAAUUUAGCGACUGAUACGAAAUAAGGAGAAAUCCUUAUUACGAAUCCUGAUAAUUUUGUUCGAAGAAUUUGUUUAACUAUGUGAGAGGAAUUAAGACGAAUAGAAUGAAAUAAGAAAGAUUUGAAAAGUUUUUUAAAUCAAUCUCUAAUUUCAAUGAUUGGACUCGCAAGAUAAAUAGCGGGUUCCUUUCGAUUUUUGUAGGAUAAUCCGAUGGAUACAUCAAGCUAACGCGAGGAAUCUAUUUAUCAUCAUUAUUAGCGUUCGAAUAAUUGGAUCCAUUUGUCACUAUCGGUAGUUGUGAAGCGAGGAUAAGUCUUACUGCUCGCGGAUUUAUAUCCGAAGGUUUACAGAUUAACGAAAUGUUUAUGUUUCCCAGGUAGAACAUAGUCAUAAAAGUCAUAAUUAAAUCAUAAUGAUAUUAUAAUGAUAUAAUGUCAUCAUGACGUCAUUUGUUACUUAAAAAUGAACUUGUAAGUGACAAAUAAGGUCAUGAUGAUGUCUUUAUAAUAUUAUUGUAAUUUCUGUGUUCUACUUGAGUUCGCACUGAAUUCUCAUAUGCGGCGUGAAGAGCUGCGUUCAGCAAAAAAAGCGGCUUUGCAAUUACAUAAU